ACCAUAAUAUAAAAGGUCUGUGACCGUAAGGAAACAGUAGGUAACCAGUUAUAAAGUAGCUCACUUGAAGAAUAUAAACUCGGUGAGAACAGUGAAGUCUAUUUAGACCUUUGAUUUAUCUGGUAGCAUUUUGAGCGAAUCUAUUGAGCAACUGUCUUGGAUGAAAACAAAAUGAGAGUUUUAAUUAGUAUCCAGCUGCUACUAUGUGUACUCUUCUGUUUCAGCUAUGUCAGUGGUACCAUUGUCACCAUUCAUUCCAAUCCACCUGCAAAUGGGGGCUCCGUUCAGACAGAACUGGAUAACACUGUUUCUCUAACCUGCGUGGUUGACAUGACUGCUGGUGGAGAUGAACUGCAGUGGUACCGCAGUGGAAAACUAGUGAGUCUCAGAGAUGGAAACCACCUUGACAAGAGCAACCUGUGUGUGGAGCCCGUCACCAGAGGUGACAAUGGAGCCAUCUUCACCUGCCAGCUAAAGGUCAACACUAGUGUGAAUGCCUCGAUCCAGCUGGAGGUCAACUAUGCCCCUGAAUUAAAUGGCAGUGAGGAAGUAUGGGUCGAAGAGAAAAGCAAUGCUGUUCUGUCUUGUGACAUCCAGGCUCACCCUCCAGUGACCGUAGUCUGGAAAAAGGAAGACAAGCUUCUAGACCUUUCUUCUGGUGGCUACUGGACCAGCAAUAAUGGCAUUAUUGCAGAACUCUCCAUCUCAAACGCUAAGCAUGGUGUACACCAGGGCCUGUACACAUGCGAAACAACCUCAUCUGUCUACGGACUAAAGAGCAAGAGUUUUGCUGUUAUUGUCACAGAUAAAGUAAUGAAGUUCCCGCUGGAGCCUACAAUUGCUGGCAUUGUGGUAGUCUUCUUAACAGUUCUGCUGGCUAUCAUUUCCAGAUGGCAGAAGAUUACAAAGUGUUUUAAAUAAGAGGAGAUUGCUUUUAGUGAGCCACCAUCUCUGGAAUUCUCCCUAGAGCCAUUGAGCUGGCAGGUCUAUGGGAUUGACCCGACUGGAACAAAGUAUCAGUUACUCCAGCGGAAAGAACAAUUGCAACAUUCUCUCAAUACAGAGUUCUUACUUGAAAUAUUAUGACAAAAUAAA